CUUCCGUCCACCUUCUUCUGUCUGCACCCAACUUGCUGGCGGCCAGCAAAUUCUCGACAACUCGGUCCGCCGUCGAGCUCCGUCUCACGAAUCACGCGCUGCGCGCAAUCGGACGGACCGGCUGGCCUUUCCGGCCGGCAAUUUCCGACUGGGAUAUCCCGCGAGGCCGGCCGCGGCUGCGGCUGCGGCUGCGAUGAUGCGCCGGGCCGGGUUUGUCUGCUGGAGGUGUGCGGCGCUCGCAUCGGCACCGUUGCGUCUCCCGCGUCUUCCGCAUAACCCGCCACUCCCGCCGCUUCCACAACUCCCGCGCCCCUCGCGAGCCCCCUCGCGAGCGCUGCAGACUGCGGCCGGUCAGGCAGGAUCGAGCGCGCCAGAGCCCCCCCGCGACCGUGGCAGCGAGCAUGGCCACGACGAUGGCGGGCCCGAGCCGAGCAUGCCGGCUGCCCAGGUUGGACAAGGAGCGGGAGAAGCACAGGAGGCACAAGAAGCACGAGAGGUAGCGCCACCAGCGAGGCGCUUUCGACCGCUCCAGCCCGGCGAAGCUCAGGAGCACAUGGUAUCUCCACGAUUCAUGUAUGCCCUGAAGCUUGCCCGAGACCAGGGGCGUUCCUUCAAGCGCUUGACACGGCUUUCCAAAGGGCCGUGGCUGCUGCGUCCAACCGAGGAGCGGGUCAAAGAGCUAACCCCCUUAAUCGAGAGCCGAAACCGGUGGGCGACGAAGAAGCGCAUGCGGCAAUUGAUACAUCGACUCCGGAAAUGGGACUGGAAGCUCCAGUCUGCCUGGGCGUUCGUGGGAGAGAAGACCGCGUCUUUUCCGAGGUUCGAGGGCUACAAGUUGGUUCCUGUGUCGGACUUGCUGGAGAUCGGAUCCGUCGAGGGCAUGCGCAACGCUUGGUUCUCGCAAUCGGCCGAAGAGCGCCGGCGUCUCUGGCCGAACACGAUAAUAACCAUCAUGGUGCACCAUCCCGACCGCGCUGCGCAGGUGCUAGAGGCCACUGUUGAGCCCGAGGACCCCUCGCAAUGGUACGAGGUGCCGGACGUCUUCAGCUUCCUGGUUCGCCAAGCUGCGCGCCUGCCCGAGGGGCGCCGGAGGGGAGCACUGGCCGAGCUCUCCGGCACUCUCGAGCGGCUCAUCCGCGACAAGAGGCCCCGGUAUUUCAACUUUCCGCAGUGGGUCGUCGGCACAAUAAUCGCUGCCUCGGAGCCCGACUCAGCGCUCGCGCUCUACAAUACGCUUCGAGAGCGCGGACACUAUCUCAGCGAGAACACCAAGCUCCACGUUGGGUCGCGCCUUGCCAAGGACAUGAGAUUCAGGCCCUUGGCCUUUGAACUCCUCGAGGAGCUCGUCCGGAAAGACGGUCUGAGCGUCGACGACCGCCGCUGCGCCGCCUUGGCAACGAGCCUGAUAUCGCUGCCCGACGGGUGGGAAGAAGGCCGCGAGCCGCCAGAACGGCUGCGGACGCUGCACGACCUGUACCAGCGCAUCCUGAGCCUCGGCUUCACCACCAACCAAGUGAUUCAUGCGUCCAUGAUGCGGACCCUCUGUCUGAACGGCCAACUGGAUUUGGCGUGGAACAUCUACGACUUCAUGCGUGCCGAGGGAGUACCGACUGACCUGUAUGUCUACUCAAUCCUCCUACACGGGGCUAAGCUGGCCGGCAGCAUGGACUCCACCCUCCGCGUCGUCCAGGAGGCCUCGGUCGGCGACCUGCAAAACCGCAUCGUGUGGAACGACCUCAUUGACACCGUCCUCGUCGCCGCCAAUAACGAGUCCAUCGCCAAGCCGGGGCGGCCCCUCCCUGUCUUUUGCUCCAUGCUGCACAUCUAUGCCAAGUUCUUCACCUUAGAAUCCCUGCAACGGCUGAUCCCGGAGGACUUGUCAACGCUCCUCACCGCACCGGCACUACGCGGCCUUGAGGACUGCGAGUGGGGGCCGAAGCUUGCCAUGCUCCUCGAUAAGCUCCCCGUCUCUGAGCCAAGCAACCGCGUCACGCCCCACGCCGACACCCUGAACAUCAUGCUCCUCGGCUACUUGCGGAGCUUUCCCGUUGCCCAGCCCAUUCUCGACUUCUACUCGCAUUUCCGCUCCCUGCUUCGCCGCGGCGAUCGUCUGGCCAUCAGCAUCCUGCAGGAGGGAACAGUCCCUUACGACGGCGUCAUACAGGCCGUAUCACGAUUUCCCGGCAUGCUGAACGUAGCCGUCGACAUCGUUGCCGGUAUGAUCGAGGACGCUGCUGCCUCAGCCGCCGCUCUCAAGGAGCAACGAACGCUCCCUCCGAGUGACAAAGCGGAAGGCAGUAGUUCCCCCUUCGUCCACCCCCGGCCCAGCGUCCACACCUGGUCCAUCCUGCUCCAAGCCUUCGCCAAGAUGAAGGGCGUUCAAGAAGGCUGGCGCAUCCUCGAGAUCAUGCGCAAGCAUGGCGUCAAGCCCAACAGAGUUACCUGGAACAUGCUCAUUGACGCCUCCGCCCGCAGCCAUGACGCGAAACUGACCAUGGAAGCCUUUACGCACCUCGAGAAAGAGGGCUACGUCCCGGACACGUACACCAUGCGCGGCCUGUCCCGACUUGUCGACAACGAAGACGCCCUCAACCGGCUGGACCAACUGAUGGAGCAGUCCGAGUCGAUCAAGUCAACCCAGGCGGCACCCGACAAGACGCAGGAGCUGAUCAGUCAGUGGAAUAACGCCCGUGCCGCCAAGGUUCUUGCCCGCCGCCCAAGGAAGAAGCAGCUCACCCCCCGGCCCCGCCGACGCCGGCUUCGCGAGCGACCGCAGGAGAUGCCGGCGGGGGAGAGUGAAAGCGGAGACCAAGCGGAGCAAAAGGACUCGUGGGCUGGAACGCCCCUGGUGCUGGACAAAACAGACAAAGCAGGGGAAAAGCCGCGCCGGAGGAAGAAAAGCAAGGGAGAGCAAGCAACCCUGCCAACCCCUCGCACAAGGGACCAGGCAUCUGUGGACUCGUACAGGCAGCUAUACAAGGAGCUGCUCCCCGGUGUGACGCACGGUGCGCCACAGGACAGCCAGAAAGGGGAAGAGGGCACGACCCCAGGGCGAGGAGAGGCUGAAGAAGACCGAGAAGGCCGGGCCGCUGGGGAGGCGACGACAAGCUCGACUCCGCUCGGCUGAGGAUUCCAAUCCACGUCGUCAGGGCCGCUGAGCGGGUGCAAGAAGAACAACCAAACUGCGACGGACGGAGGCACCGAGGUUGGGCGCCUACAGAGGAGGCCGGAAAG